GUGAUUGUAACUGCACCAACAUGAAAAAAAUGUAAACAAAGUUCAGUUUCUAAAUUAGGACGUUUUGAGGAUUUAAAUAGCAUUGCCCUUGGAUUUUCACAUUAGUGAUAAGCCAGGAUGGCAGACAGAUUACAAACAAUAUUGGGGCACAUCGCGAAUAGGGAUAAAAUUUCCUGUCAAAGAGAACCAGUGAGUGGAUAUGCCUCACCAUACAGAUACACCUUGGAAAGGGCCAAAACAAAACUUACUGAUGAACAGAGGAAGUUCUAUGAAGACAAUGGCUACCUAGUUAUAAGGAACCUGGUUGCAAAAUCAGACUUAGAAAAAUACAGGAAGAGAUUUGAACAGAUCUGUCGCAAGGAAGUUGAGGUUCCUGGAAUGACCAUAAUGAGGGAUGUCGCCAUUGCUAAGUCAGAAUUUGUACCUGACCAGAAAGCUGUGACGAAGAUUCAGGCAUGGCAUACAGAUGACGUGCUUUGGGAAUACUGUUGCCUUCCACAGAUAGCAGAUUACGUUGAAUGUUUUCUGGGUCCAGACAUCCUUGCCAUGCACACAAUGUUGAUCAACAAACCCCCAGAUCCGGGCAAGCUUUCAUCCCGCCAUCCCAUGCACCAGGACCUUUAUUACUUCAGCUUCAGACCAGUAGACAGGAUUGUCUGUGCAUGGACAGCCAUGGAAAAAAUAAACAGAGAUAAUGGCUGCCUUGUGGUCUUGCCAGGAACACAUAAAGGGAAGCUACUCCAGCAUGAUUACCCAGAAUGGGAGGGUGGUGUCAACAAGAUGUACCAUGGAGUACGUGAUUACAAACCUGACCAGCCCAGAGUUCACCUUGAAAUGGAAGCAGGAGAUACAGUGUUCUUUCAUCCUCUCUUGAUACAUGGUUCUGGUGCCAACAGAACUAAGGGAUUCAGAAAGGCAAUAUCCUGCCACUACAGUACUGGACAAUGUCACUUCGUGGACUUAAAAGAUACAGUUCAACAGAAGAUUGAAGAUGAGGUGCUAGAAGUGGCAGAGAGAAAUACAGGCAUUCCAAAGAGCGAGAUCAAAUAUGAGGACAUCUGGAAGUUCCGAUCCAAAAUUGUAAGAGGAAAGGCAUCUUUUAUGGAGGAUUAAAGAAGUCAGUUGCUAGGUGAAAUUGAUAUGACCUUGACACUUGAAACAGACUGGACUGUAAUUAUUGUGAUUCCAAUCAACAUGAAUCAAUAACAGUUUCAGAACAAAUUUUGUGAACCAUUCUGUAUAUUGAUUUUUCAGUAUUAACACAAGUCUAGGGACUGUAGAGAAAAUGUGUGAUUCAGUCAAUAUUUAGUCUUUUACAUUCUUUAGAUAUUUUACAUAUACAAAAUGUAGUCAAAAGUAAAAGCGGUAUUUUGUGUGUUGCUUAUUUUUUUUUAUCAAGUAUUUCUGUUUAGUCACAAGAUUUAAAUAUAUAUACAGGUAUAUAAUAUAUUUAUGUAUUGAAUUGGGUUAAAUCCAUUUGAUUAAACACAUGUCAAUGAAAAUCAAGGUGCAGUCAAAUAUUUAUGACUUUUUUGUACUCUAGUCUCCGAGGACUUUGCACUGGCAAAACUAUGUCUAAGCUAAUUUUGAUGUGAAUGAGUGACAGAAAAAAUGGACGAAGUUGCUGCAUUGUGGUACAUUUUUAAAAAUCCAGAUUGUCCACCAAAAUUUUGAAAGAAAAGCUCUGAUUAGUGGUACCACUCUUAUUGCUAGAUUUCCAAUAAAUGUGUUGAUUUUAAUCCUGACUUACAUUAGAACAGUAGAAAACAUUUUUCAACAAAGUUGUUUUCUGUCUUUGUUUUUUUUUGGACACAUAUUGAAAAUAUUGAAAAAGAGUAUUGUACUGUUAUUGUUCUUGUUGGUAAUAAAGAUUAGAUGAUUAUAAAUCA